AUGGUGCUUUCACUGGUGAUCGACGAUACCUCGCUGGUGCUCCUGCUUGUCCUCGUUGCAGCAUUGUCCGUCUCGAUCUACGUUUCACGGUCAUAUCAGCCUCUCAUUCACCCACUCAUCCUCACACGCCAGGCCGAUCUCUCGCAAACACGGCAGCCCAACGAGUCGGCCAUCUAUCGCAAUGCCAACUCCCCUUCCGGUUUUGACCUCGCAUUGAGACCACGAAAGGAGAUCAACCAUGUCUCGGAUCUUAUCAAGCACGGCGCAAAUGGCUCAGAGCGCAACGCCAAGAGGCCCAUCUAUGGCAACACAAAGUCGAAUCAAGAUGUUGCUGGCGACGCUACCGCCUUUGCGACCGGCUUCAUCAAGUUUUCCUCGGCUCCUGUCUCACAGACCGUCUUUGCUGUCGUGUCCGAAUCCGACACCUACCAGAGUUUCUUAGCUUUGCUCGCAAACUCGCACACUUCCGUGAGCUCUCGCUUUCAUACUCUCGUCAUCUCGCCUGACCAAUUGAGCAAGCAGGCUAUCAACUCGCUGCCCAAUGCUCUGUCCACCACCGGUGCUCGAUCUGUCAUCGGCGUCUACACGACUGCAAAGAGCAUCAACACCGUCUUGCAGCUUACCUUUCUCGACUCUUCCGCGCUCAUCAUCGUUCCGUCUGUAGACCUCGAUGAAGCUAGGAAGCACGCCGACGCCCACUUUGGCGGCUCUCAUCGCCUUCGCAUCUACGACUACGACACUGUUCUUGACGCUGGCAGUCGUGGCUCCUUGGACGCUUCCGAGACCACUAACCGCGAACUCAUCAACCAGACGCAGUCCUACUAUUGGAAUGCUCCUUCGUCUCAAUGGAUUGCCGUCAGACACGCCAAUCUUGUUGCUGGUGUCACUUCACUGCUCGCCAGCUUCCCAGCUGACAAGAUCCCCACUACUGUUGACCACUUCUUCGUUGAAGCCGACGCUACUUUCAACACUCCCGCAUCUCCGCUCAUGGCCACACGCACUCCAGUUGGCUUUGCACUCGCAUUAACAGCGCUCUACACCGGCGCCGCCAUCACUGCCGAUCUUCUCACCUCGAGCUACAACGACCCCAACCCUGCCACUUCAACUGCCUUCGCCCGGAACAAGCCCACUCUCGUCUACGCUUCUGCAGAGGGCGCUUCAUCUCUCGCCUGCGCUCUUGCUACCUGCAGUCGCAGAACGCCACUCGCCUCCUGGGCAGCCAAGAACAAGCUCUUCACACUCCGCAACGGCUCUUUCUCUCGGAAAGGAUUUGCAGACCGUCUCGUCUACAAGCUAGCUCGUCAGGUCACCGGAUCUAGCGGCGUUCGUAACCUUCUCAUUGCAGGUCGCGGUGAUACCGUCCCGCAGGCUUUGCUUGACUCGCUCCGCUCUCAUCUCGGUUGUGCCGUCCUCAAUGCCUACCUUCCACAGCUGGCCUCCGCAGCCGUGACCGCCCCGAUCAGCGCCACGCACGCUUUCGACCUUCAAGCCUUUGCCGAGCACGAGUCGGGUGGUAUGCAGGUGCCAGCCCACGUUGGUCCUCCCUCCGUCUCUGCCGAGAUCAAACUGAUCCAGUCCAAGAUCGCAGCUGACGCUCGCUUCACCAUCGCUGGCGACCGCGAACCAGGCCACAACGGCGAUCCUAUGGGCGAAGUGCUUGUUCGCGGCAACAUAGUAGCCCACAAUUCCGAGAACCAGCAAGAGUGGUCUGCAACAGGCGAUCUCGCUGCUUUCCGCUCCAAUGGCACUCUUGUUGUCCUCCGCGAUGCCGACGAAUCCGAAGUAGCUGCAGUGCCCACGCUCAGCGCUCGCAAGCCCGUCUUGCGACAGCGUCGCAAACGCUCUCUCGCUUCUGCUUCAGCAAAGACAGUCCUCGCUGCAGCUCUGUUCGUGGCCACAGUUGUUCCAACUGUAUCGUCUCGAUCGCUCUACAAGCGUGCUGGCUCCAUCAACAACACCAUGAGCGAGAUGGCAAGGAUGGGCAUGUACGCCGGGCAACGUGCUUCGUGGGAGCAAGGCGUUUCUCAAACCGCUCUUCUCGAACUCGACUACCCUGGCUGGUCUGUCUUUUCUUCUUCCGGUGGUGGCCCUCCUUUCCGCCCCGGCCAUGAACGAAGCGCGUCAGGCCCUCCGAACAGUGUCAUCUCAAUGGCAUAUCACUCGGCUUCGCGACAAGACAUGAUUGGUCGACUUGCCUUCCGCAUCACUGGUGACGAGCAGCCCGGCGUGGGUAGUUCACUUGACGGUGCCUCUCCGGGUACUGAGGUCCUUCUUGCUGCUUGGUUGGAUGGUGAGAUUGACCGCAAGACCGGUGUCAUGGGUGACGGCUUUUACAGUAACUCCGCUCGCAUCACGCUCAACAUGCUCACUCGUCGCACACCCAGAUCUCGCACUGGAGCCAUCAGCCAUCGCUACACCACCGUUGCCCUCUGGAGCGAUGCCAUCUACAUGAUGCCUCCCUUCCUCUCGUACUACGGCAUGAUCACUCGCAACAACUCUCUGUUGCAACUCGCCUACGACCAGAUUCGUCUUCACCGCGACGGCAUGCAAUUGACCACAGGCGCUUCCAACAACCUUUGGGGUCACAUUCUCCUUCCCGACAACGGCACUUGGUCAGAUGGCGGAGCUUGGGCCACGGGUAACGGCUGGGUUCUAGCCGGUAUGGCAAGGACACUAGCCACCAUCGAGCAGAGUCAAGCCUCGAUGCAGAUGAUGCAGCAGAAGAAUGACAUUGUCAACUGGAUGCAGGAGAUCCUCGACGCUGCUUGGCCUUUACUAGACGAACGCGCUCUUCUGUUCCACAAUUACAUCAACGACACUUCCACUUUCUACGAUACUGCUGGUACUGCCUUGAUUGCAUACGCAACCUACCGAUUGGCUUCCAUGUCUCCGAAGAACAACAGGUGGAUCUCACAAGCUGACACGGUCUACCGCUCCAUUGCGACAUCUUUGAAUCCCAUCGGUCAAUUCCGAGAAGGCUAUCCUGUCGUUGACGUUCUCUCCUUUGUUCGUCAGGGUGAAACUUCAUCUGAAUCGCUCGCGUUCAUGAUGCUCAUGAAUGCAGCAAAGCGCGAUUACCAGAACAACGACGUCGUCCGCAUCAGCACUCUCGAGAGCGCAGCAAACGCCGCUCUAUGCUCGUUCACAACACCAUCACUUGUUGUUCUUGCUGUCGCAUCUGCAUCCCUUCUCUUCUCGCUUCUCUAA